AUGGUCAUUGUCGACAAGUCUGGAGUUCAUCGCCUGGAGGUUCGAUGCUGUGAAUGUCCGAAUGCCAUGAGUCCAGACAUUCAAAUGUUUCGACACAGAUUUUUCCCUGCAUCUUUCAACAGGCCAAAGACUGUGUUUACCUUCAGAGUGCUUGAUGAUUUUCUACUGGACAGCCUUGAAUGCGGCACCUUGGCAAUGAACUAUUACAGCAAGCUCCGAGAGCUCAUAAGGGUCGCCCGACAGUGGAGGCAGUUGAAGACAAUGAAAUGGCAUGGCUUCGGCCAUCGUUCUGAUAACCCGAGCACAGGAGAACUUGCAUUAUUUUGCCCGGCAUGUCCUCAGCCUGGGAUUAAUGUGCUGUUGUCAGAGGAUGAAUCUCUUGAUGAGUGA